AUGAACCAGCAACCAACCUAUAGUGUUGCAGUAGAAGAGAUUCAUCAUACGCAGAAGAAGGACAGUCCCAGCGGCACCGCCAUCUCCAUUGCCGAGCAGAUCAUAGCAGCUGUAGACCGGAAGACAAGCUGGUCAUUGGAAGCUGGCGCCGAAGAAGAGCUACCAAUAACAGCACUGCGGGAAGAAGGCGUUCCCGGCACCCAUACCGUCACUUAUGACUCUGCUGUAGAUCGUAUCGACAUCAUUCAUACCGCUCAUAACCGGGACGGGUUUGCGUUGGGUGCAGUGCUUGCUGCUGAAUUCAUCGCCGGUAAAAAAGGCAUCUUUACGAUGAGUGAUGUGCUGGGUAUCUAG